GCAGAAGAGAGGGUUCAGAGGGGUAUCUGGCGCGUCCGUCCAAGCACACAAGAAACGAGCAACCCAAGAUGUCGACUUCGUCGUCAUUGACAAGGCAGAAUUCGAAUUCAACCAGAAGAAGAACAGCUACACCUAUGCCGACGUUUGCACCGGAGCUGGGGGUAUGGCGCUAGGCGCCAUCAUGGCUGGUUUACUGGCCGUCUUCUUUCUCGAUCACUGGAAGGAUGCUUGCGAGACUCUGGCUGCCAAUUUCGGAAACGUACACGUCUUGCGCCACGACAUCUUCGACCUCGCUACUAAUACGAUCCUGGGGUUCAUCCCUCGUCUCGUUGACAUCCUGCAUAUCAGUUUCCCAUGCCAACCUCACAGUCCGGCUCACACAGCGCUUGGGAGGAAUGAUGAAAGGAAUAUUGCCGCAGGCUACUCGGUUAUUCCACUGCUGGAACAGCAUAAGCCGCGUAUCCUCACGAUGGAGCAGACCUCGGGGAUCGUCACGCAUGGUGGAGGCGACCACUUCCGCGCUUUGAUUCAUCAAAUUACGUCGAUGGGUUACAACGUCAGAGCUGGGAUCCUCAACUGCGCAGAUUACAACUGCGUCCAAGCCCGCAAGAGGCUCUUCAUUAUAGCCUCAUGCCCAGGAGAGCCUCUUCCUCCUUUCCCGCAGCCCACAAACGGAGUCACACCGGGCCUUAAACCCUUCAAGACCAUUGCCCGCAUUCUGUCUAGGAUCAACCCCUUCACGAUUCCAGCCCACAUGCGAGCCUUCACUGCAAAAUUUGCCGCUCCGUACGAUGCCAACCAGCCACUUCACAGCUGCAUCACAACCAAUGGUGGCCAAUCCGACGUGCACCCCAGCGGGAGGCGCUCAUUCAACUUGCAAGAGCUUGCCUGCCUUGCUGGCUUUCCUCAGUCGCACGCAUUCUAUGGGUGCAAGACGAGUAUCCGUCGGCAGAUUGGCAACGCCGUCCCGCCGCCAGUCGCAAAGGCCAUCUUCAAGCAGGUCAUCCAGACGAUGAGAGAGACUGAUAGCGUUGAGGCGGAGUGGGAGCCGGAAGUUAUUGAGUUGGACUGAAAAGGAGAUGAUUUUCAUCAACGACAGAUCGGCUUCGGUGCGAGGAUCAGCGCUGGAACAGGGUAUUGGGAAGAUGGACUCGGAAUGACUGAGUUGGUGGACGAAGCACUACGAGCCAUGCGAGCACUGCGAUCCCACGCAGCGUAUGGCUCGCUCCUGCGAAAUACUUCCUCUCUUUGAGCGCGGAUGCACCACAAGUCUAGCAGGAUUAUCUUGAGCAGAAGCAAAGAAACACGAGC